GGAGCUGUGGCCAGGAACCCUGCCCCUGAAGGCACCAGACAGGCCUGGAUGAGAAAAGAUCAGGCUCAAAGCACUCAGAAGCAGUUUGUUUUUGAAAAGCCAUUAGAGGUGGGGCGCAAAGUUCCUGAUGUGGGUGUGAUAGACAAACCUGGUGUGUAUGAACUGAGCGUGUUACCAACGGGCAUUUCUAAGAUUCAGUUGAUUCCUGGCUUUAUUGACUCAGAAGAAGCAGACUGGAUAUUUGAACAGCUCCUCCAAGAGAUACCCUGGCGCCAGAGAACUCAUGUCAGACAGGAGGUAUCCUUUGAGGAGCCGAGACUUACCUGCUGGUAUGGGGAACUUCCUUACACGUACUCCAGGUUGACAAUGCAGCCAAACCCUAACUGGCAUCCCCUGCUGGCCCUGCUCAAGGGGCGCGUGGAGGAGUUCAGCGGGCGCACCUUCAACUCGCUGCUCUGCAACCUCUACCGGAGCGAGAGGGACGGCGUGGAGUGGCACAGCGACGACGAGCCCGCCCUGGGCAGGAACCCCGUCAUCGCCUCGCUCAGCUUGGGGGCCAGCCGCGUGUUCGAGAUGAGGAAGAAGCCCUCCCCUGAAGAGAAUGAAGAUUAUACUUACGUUGAAAGACUACGAAUCCCUCUUGAUCAUGGCACUCUGCUGAUGAUGGAAGGGGCUACCCAGGCAGACUGGCAGCAUCGAGUACCUAAGGAAUAUCAUUCCAGGGAUGCACGGAUAAACUUGACAUUUAGGAUCAUUUAUCCAGAAUCCGAGGGAACUUGAUAUUGAAGAGACGGUUCUUCAUGCAAUAUUGUCUAUAAACUCAAAGCUGAUCCAGAACCCCAGACUUGCUACAAAUUUAAAGGAAGCCUUACAGAAGCAGAGGUCUGUCAUAUCUGAUGAAGAGAAGAAUGGAUUUUGUGAAGAUCUUUGACAAUCAGAAGCUUGCUGUGUUAUAUGGACGGUGCUGUUUUGUCUUCAGAAGUGAUACGGUAUCAGAUGCUGCUAAAUUGCAGCCUUUGAGAAUGAAUAAUGAGCAAUCUUGCAAGAACCCAAAACACCUGAAAUUAAAGAUCUGAGAGAUACC